AUGGCAGCUGCCAGUAUGAAAAAAUUUUCCUCCCUGGCCAUAACAAAAUGCAAGUGUGUCGUAAACUCCUGCUGGUCUAAAUGUCCAACGCUGACUCACCGAAGUGUCAGCUCAAGCACCUUCUCCUACCAUUCGUCAAAAUUUAUUUGCAGGAGGCACUUCACUUAUGACAACAAUGACGUAGCCCUAGAUUGGGAAGAUGCGGACGACAUAGCGGACUUACUCUUGGAGGAAUACCAGCAUGUAGACCCAUUAACGUUGCGAUUUGAGGAGUUAGAAAAUAUGGUAAUGGACACCGUUGUGAAGAAAAAUAAAAAGAAGUUAAGCGGCAGGUGUAAUGAAGGCGUUCUGGAAAAUAUUCAAAUGAAUUGGCUGGAGAAAUAUAAUGAGGAGAAUAGUUAA